GAUCCUGUUGACUCAGACCGCGGCAGCAGCCUGAGAGAGAUGACGUGUUAACUUAAUGUUGCGAUAUGAACCUUAUCCUCAGUAUGACGUCGCGACUGUCAUUCAGUCCUAAAGGGGUACUGAAGAUUAGCAGCGCUCUGUGUUUAAGAGGGAAGAUGGGAAGAGGCCGAACUAAGAGCCCCUCCAGCCUUGGCCCGGCCCAGCCCCAGCAGAGGGCGCUGCGCUCCAGGAGGAGAGAAUCAGCCAUGUCCAGUGAAAAGCAAACCAAACAUAACCCCCCGGAGGCCCUCCCGCCAUGCCCUCCCCAGCCCGCUCCCCCGGGGCCGACCCAGGAACCGGCUCCAACCAGCGGCUGGGCCGGGCCUGGGAUGGACGGGGCGGUGAAAGAAAGUGAUGGUGAAACAUCAGGGCUCACAAGUAGCCUCAAAACCACAACGUUGAGCCAACACAACCCAGACAACAGAGAGGACUCCAUGGAGGUAGAGGACCAGAGCCUGACCUCCACCUGUAUGGAUGGCAACACGAUGCAUGACAACAUGGACCUGUGUGGGGCGCUCACUGAGGUGGGGGAGGGGGGAGAGGCACAGGGCUUCGAGACUCUCUACCCAACAGGAAGGAUGGAAGAGGAAGAGGAUGGUAAUGAACACCAGACAUCUGACCCCGUGUGCUCAGCAGAGGACAGGGAGUCUGGUACUGAGCCCGUUGAAGGGAUGCUAUCGAGGAAGAGGAAGAGGAUGGGCGUGUGUGUUCUGACAGAGAAGGAGAGGAGCCACUUCUUAAAAAAGCAUGAGAAUGAGAAACUCCAAAACGAGGCAGAGGAGAAGAGAGUUGGAGAUACGGGUCGCACUGGAGACAGCGACGUGGAGCUGGAGGAAGAUCCUGACGAGGAGUCUCACUCAGAGGCAGAAGAAGGGUGGGUGGUGUCCGUGUUAAACUCACCCGUGACUCAAGGCAUCAAAGUAGGACCUUUGACAGAGCAGAGUGAGCUGGAGGAGGAACCAGCGCCCCCAACUGGUGGAGCAGGGGACAGCUCCUCUGAAGCAGCCUGUGAGGAGGGCAGCGAUGCGGUCAGCCCAACAGUUCCCGUCCGCUCAGAGGAGAGCGAUCCCCGGGCGAGGGCGAGCAAGGACUGCGGACGCGGGCAGCUCAGCGACAGAGAAGCCCGCCUCCCCAUGGAGAUGGCAGGAAGAAAAGAUGAAGCCGAAAAACAAGAGAAUGGGAAGGAGGCUGUGGCAGAGCCCCACCGUGCCCCCACCCAGGUCCCGAGUAGGGUGAACAUCGACAUAACAGAGAGUCAGCGAGACGAAGUGCAGACCCCCCAGCAGCCCACGGACAGCUCAGCCACAACAGGGGGUCUCUCCGAGACGCAGGGGUCACGGCCCAGUCACUCACUCAUGGACACUGGACUAGGAAGGUCCGAACCUAUCGGGACGCCGCCGGGCCCUGCUGCAGCAGCCCCUAGUGGCGGGGAGGAGAACGGCAACAGCGGACCUUUGGAGGAGGUGGACAUGGCUGCGUCUCCUGCUCCCCAACCCCUGCUGGCCAGAGCCACCCCCCACCUGGUGGAGGAGGUGGACAUGGCUGUGUCUCCUGCUCCCCAACCCCUGCUGGCCAGAGCCACCCCCGACCUGGUGGGCUUCGGACCCUUCGACUACAUCUCUGACUCUCAGCUCCAAGACAUCAGUCUGAUGGAGGCGCAGGGGGGCGGCCCCCCGUCCCUGGAGGACGCCAGCGCCCAGGUCCGCGGGCUGGGCCAGGAGCUCUCCUACCUGAAUCGCAUCAUCAUGGCGACCCAGAGGAAGGUUGAACUCUUUCGCCGUGGCAACCGGGGCCCCAAGGCCCACUAGAGGCCCUCAGACCCGUUAUGGCUCUUCAGUUAUUACAUCAAGGGCCUUUGGUAUUCAUACUUUACCUCAUUGUUCUCUCGUUCAUAAGGCUGACUUUUAUUACUUAUUUAAGUUGUGUUGCUCACUGUUCACUUGUUAGAGACAAACAAUCGAGUCAUGCAAGUAAUUCAUGCACUCGACAUUGAUGAAUCACACCAACAGAUAAGAGUUCAAGUGGUUGUAUUCAAGAAACACGUUUAACAUAGUAAAUCAAACAAACAAAAAUGAACAAAAACACUCAAUUACUAAAAGAUUUAAAAUGUUGACGAAUGCAUAUGUAAUUUCCUAUUGGUAGAGAUAAAAUGGUAAAAUGUUUAAAGGAUUAGACACCAUUCUAGGCACUCGUCUAAUAUGUGAAUCUCAACACCAAGCAGUGUCAGUGAGCUGACAACACAGGCAACAGGCAGAUAGUGAGCUCACCACACAGGAACACGUUGACCACACAUACAUGCUGGCGGUCAGAAGAAUAGUCUAGUAAAAUAGUAAAAUAAGAUGGUUAAAUAAUU